UCCCGGAAACUGCCGCCGUCAGUAGACCAGAGGGAGUGCUGGCAGUUCUCGGCGGGUUUGGAUGGGUGUGGGAAAUAUUGCACCGCACGCUUCACCUCCGAUACCAUGUGGUUCUUAAUAUCCUCCAUGUCGGCCAUCCUCUCUCUCUCUUUCUCUCUCUCGCUUGUAUAAAUAUAAUCCUGCUCCCCAGCCACUCGCCUCAUCUCUUGCUUCUGCAUCAUAUCAGACCUGUAUCACUACCACCAUCCGCAGAGAGAGAGAGAGCGGCGGAAGAAAGAGAGACCAUUCCCUUGAGUUGCAGGACUACCAUCAUCAAGAGCGAGAGAGAAAGUCCAUUCCCCUGAAUUGCAGGACUACCAUCAUCCAGCGAAAGAGAUAGAGGGGCCAUUCCCUUCGAGUUUCAGUACUACCAUCAUUCAGAGAAAGAGGGAGAGAGAAGCCAUUCCUUGAGUUGCAGUACUACCAUCACCCAGCUAGAGAGAGUGAGUGAGAAAGGGGUUCAAGUGCAUUAUAUUGCCACCACAACACUUGCCUUCUCUAUUGUAACACUUCUACUUUGAAGCGAAAUCGCUGUCAUCCAGGCAGCCUUUUUUUUUUUUUUAUUUCUGCAUUUUCAGAACUCUAUACCUGAAAGUUUCUUUGGUGAGAGAGAAAGAGAGAGAUUGAUUACUCCUGCACAUUGGUAAGAUGUUGAUCACCGUUAUUGGACUUGUCGUCACAAUUUUCAUAUCCUUGGUUGCCCCAUUCUUCUGUCGUUCUUCUCUCUUAGGUACCAAGAAAGCUACUGCCUUCCAACCCCCCUCCCAUCCUUUCUUCGGUUGCUUGAUCUCCUUCUACGCCAACCGCCACCAUCUCCUUGAUUGGUACACCGAGCUCUUGUCUCGCUCUCCCACACAGACCAUUCUCAUCAGCCGUCUCGGCUCCAUCCCCACCGUGGUCACCGCCAAUCCGGCCAACGUUGAGCACAUUCUCAAGACCCGCUUCCACAACUACCCCAAGGGGAAACCCUUCACCGACAUCCUCGGCGACCUGCUUGGCCGGGGAAUCUUCAACGUGGAUGGCGAACUCUGGCACUGGCAGCGCAAGGUGGCGAGCCACGAGUUCACCACCCGCUCCCUCCGAGACUACGCCUUCAAGAUCGUGGAGGACGAGGCGGAGCAGCGCCUGCUGCCCCUCCUGCAGUCGGCCUGCGCCGCCGGGACGAGAAUCGACCUGCAGGAGGUACUGACCCGGUUCAAUUUUGACACGGCUUGCAAGCUCUCCUUCGAUGUAGACCCACAAUGCCUACUACCCUCGAUGCCGGCGUGCCAUCUCGCCCGCGCAUUCGACGUGGCGGCGAUGAUUUCCGCCAAGAGGGCCGCCGAGCCGCUUCCGAUCAUUUGGAAGGCGAAGCGCCUGCUGCGUAUCGGAUCGGAGAACCAACUCCGGCGAGCCAUCGACACGGUCCACGAGUUGGUAUCACAGCUCAUCCGGGACAAGAAAGCAACAAGUGGCGCAGAUGGCAAAGAUCUUCUGUCCCGGUUCAUAUCGAUGACAAGUGGCAGGCAAGGGGAUGAAGAAUUGGUGAGGGACAUGGUCAUCAGCUUUCUGAUGGCAGGGAGAGACACAACUUCUGCUGCCCUUACGUGGUUCUUUUGGCUCCUAUCGCGUCACCCACAAGUACAGAAGCAAAUCUUGGAGGAGGUCGGUCUCAGAGAGUCCCGGAAGCUGGAUUUUCACCGUUUGAAGGAAAUGAAAUUCCUAAGAGCUUGCCUCAAGGAAAGUAUGAGACUAUACCCUCCAGUUGCUUGGGACUCGAAGCACGCGGAAAAUGAUGAUGUUCUCCCCGACGGGACACCCGUCGCAAAGGGAAGCAGGGUGACCUACUUUCCCUAUGGAAUGGGAAGAAUGGAAAAUUUGUGGGGAAAAGCUUGCCUAGAAUUCAAGCCGGAGAGGUGGCUAUCCGAAGGAAACGCUCAAGAGGAGGAAAUGGUUUCCACCUACAAGUUUCCCAUUUUUCAAGCAGGGCCGAGGCAGUGUUUGGGAAAGGACUUGGCAUACAUGGAGAUGACUUACGUAGCGGCUCUUGUUCUGCGUCGGUAUGAGCUCAAACCCGUCGAGACGCACGAAGCCCGGUUCGUCCCGCUCUUGACGGCUCGGAUGGCUGGAGGGCUCCCGAUGUUGGUUGAGGAGAGGCAGUUCAAUUAGUUCCCUGUCAAAUUGUUGUUUUCUUUGUAUGGUCGAAAAGUUCAUAAAAUUGAAUGCAUAUAUU